AUGAAAUUUAUAAUUACAAUUUUAUUAUUUGCUUUAUUAACCAUUAGUUUCAGUUCUGCCUCUGAAGAUAGCUUCCAAUGUGGUAGAUAUGCAUGUUUACCAGGCCAUUCUUGUAUUUGUGAUAAUGGUGUUUAUAGAUGUGUUUAUGUUUGUGAAGAAGUAACAAUCGUUCAAACUAUUACUGAUUCAUGGGUUGAUAGUGAAAAGAAACCAAGUGUUAAAGUAAAUGUUGAUGUUAUCAAUCAUACUCAUCGUACAAUUAAGGAUAUAGUAAUUGCAACUGAUGCUCAUUUAAAUUCCGGUCAAAUUUGGGGUGCCCACUUAAAUGGUUUCUUAUUAGAUUUCCCAGAUUACGUUUCAAUUGCUCCAGGUCAAAUUCAUUCAUUUGGUUAUAUUAAUAGAGGUACUAGUGCUGCUCAUCUUUGGGUUCAACAUGUUUUCAUCUCUGCUUAA